AUGUCGCCAUUCGAAGGUGUCACGGCACCCAGCCAGGACUCGGACACUAGUGCUACUGGAGGUUCCCAUCGCUCCGAAAACACCAGUUCACUCGAUGGUCAAUGGAGCCCAGUUCCAACCUCAGUAGACCCAAAUCGUCCCGAUUACAGUACGCCGCCAACACCUAGCGCGGUGCCAGUAGUUAACAAUGGAGGAACGAUCGAUACCGCAGCACUGGUGGGAAUAACGAUUUCGGCUGUAAUCAUUGUGUUGGCUGUGGUGAUUACAAUUAUUUGGUGGACAAGGACAAGAAGCAAAAACCGACAUGGUUUUGGGCAUGGACAGCAGCGACAACAACGACCCCGUGUCAUCGAGGAGGAGGAGGAGAAACCGCCAACAUAUGAGGCUGCUGUGUUUGGAAUUUACAGGAACGAUCAGACUAUUCCGGCUCAACAGUCAUUUCCAACACCACUGCCACAAGCCCUCCCGCACUCCAACUAUUCAGAUCCGACAAGGCCAUUCCACGCUGUCGCCCCAAAUCGAACUCUUCGGCUUGAUACUACAGUUCUCCACCAAAAUAUUUCCCAGCAGCACUCUGAUAUCGUAAUCUAUCCGCAUGACUCUCCUCCGCCAACUCCAACAUUACCAGAACAAAACCCAUUACCGAUAAGACCGUCAGAGCAGGAGGAUCAAGGUCAUAGGAACAAUGUCGUUUCACACCAUAUCACGGAUUUUUCGGAGGACUAUCCGGACACCGUCUCGUUCAAUAGUGAUUUUUCAGAUAAUGAACCGACUUCGGCGGCUGAAAUUGUGUGA